AUGACCACCGAAGAAUUUCUUGAUUAUAAAUCAUUGGCUGAUAAAAUCCGCCUUCGCGUGACCAGAAAACUAGACUCUGGUGGAAAUGUGGACUGGACCAAAAUUAAGGAAGUAAUGGUAAACAAAGAUGACGUCACUGUAAUCGAUAUUAAAAAAAGUCACCAUGAUGCUGAAUAUCAGCAACUGCCACUACAAAGACUACCACCUGACGUGCUCCAAAAACCUAUACCCAAAUUAAACAGUGGCCAGAUAAAACUCCCAGCAAAUAAAUACAAAGAUCUUACGGAUCUAUGCACAGAUCGGAUACAAGUCGUACGAGACAAAACUUUCAAACAAUUCUUCAUGGACCUUCCCCAUGAUUGGAAUAAUUAG